UGGAUUAAUGGAUUGCGUUGAUUACCAAUAACGGAUUAAUGAAUUACAAAUCAUUGAUGGAUGGAUUACGUUUUUUAUGAAUGGUGGAUUAAUGCAGAAAGACGUUUACCAAUACUGAAUUCAUGGGUUACACCGUUUAAUUGUAAACCGACUCUAAAAUUUGUGUUGGAAGCACACAAGUAAUCUAUAACGGAUAAGGAUUGUUUUUGUUUUUUUUUUCUUCUUUUCCACGCUUUAUUUCACUUUCUAUUCGUUGCAUUCUGUUGGAUUUCCUACUUUCAUCGCUUAGGUAUCAGAUAGUUAACAGAAUGCGGAUAGCUUAAUUGUAUUUGUUUAUCACAAUGAAAUAAAAGUGUUAGAUAAUUGAACAAUUCCUUCUUCAUACAUUCUAUUUUUUUUCCUCAUUUUUUUUCAACUGAAAUGUCUUGUUAUGAGAACAUUUCCACGUGUGUAUGGAAGAUCCGCCAUAUUGCUCUUGCUGGUGUUAUGAUUUUGACUCUAUUAUUAUAUCACACUACACCACAUUCGGCUGUAACCCAUUUGCCAGCGCCUCGUGGAAGGGUGGAAUUGUCUCAUGUCGAACUUUCUGGAAAACAAUUACUAUAUGUUGAUUCAAAUAGACCAAUGAAACUUUUUGAUGAAGAAGAAGAAUCUUGCCAGCCUAGGAAGUUAUCUUUUUUGCCAGGUAGACCAAAAUAUCGCACGGCAUUGCUAAGUUUUCCUGGUUCCGGGAACACAUGGGUCAGACAUCUUAUACAGGAGCUGACAGGUUUCUACACCGGGAGCAUCUACCAGGAUAAAACUCUCGCAAAGAACGGGUUUCCGGGAGAACUGGACCCAGUCACCAAUCCCAGUAGGCAUUGCAUUGUGUACAAAAGUCACCAGGCUACCACAAAAACACUUCAGCCAUUCAACAAAGCAUUAAUCAUUAUUAGAAAUCCUUUAUAUGCAAUCAAGUCUGUUUUUAAUUUCGAAUAUUCCAGAGAGAAACAAUCGGACCAAAAACAGUUCAUGAAUGUAACCAAAAAUGUGAAGGGAGGAUCAAGGAAGUCAAAACUAGUAAUUCACAAUGUGACGUCACGAAACAAGCAUGUAAACCACGCUGACACGUCCCUAUUCCAUACCGAAAAGUGGAUAUCGUUUGUGAAUGAAAAACUAAGACGAUGGAAGAAGAAAAACAUAUUUUGGAUGAUGAAAUUCCAACAUAACUGCAUGAUUGUCUUGUAUGAAUCACUGAAGUACAAUUGUUCGUCCGAGUUGUUGAGGAUUGGGAGAUUCCUUGGAGUGAAUUUACAGCCGAAGGACGUGUGGUGUACUUUAGUGAAUAAAGAGGGAAGGUUUCACCGCCCUGCUAUGAACAAGACGGCGCCAAGUGUGCUCAGCCUAUACACUCCUUUACAAAGAGAAGAAAUUCGCAAAUCUAUCUGUGAAGUGGCUGACGUCGCUAGAAAGCUUGAUAUUGACAUAGACAUUGCUAAGUAUUUGGUGAAUUUAUCAGAGAAAUCUGAAACAGUGUGUUAAUCCAUAUAUCAAAAGUUUUGCAUUGCGAGUCUGACAGGGCUUUACAGUCUGCUGUUCAGGCGCGGCACGAGGUUAACAAAGUCAUGACCAUACGAUGUUGACAUUUUGUUUAGAUUUCCAUUAUGAUAGUUGAUUUAUAGUAGAUUGGUGAAGUGAAUUAACUAAAAUUAAUUUUCUCUUUUGAGAAUCUCUCGGGAAAAUGAACUACGUACUGAUCCAUUGUAUUAUACUGAGCCACAAUAAUGACGGUCACACCUUACUAGGAACCUUAAUAAAAAGAGCAAUGGAGCAUGUUUGCCGCAACAGGUAUGCCAUGUUCGAGUUCAUUUGAAAGGUAAAACGCCUGUCACUUCAAAGGAAUCAAUUUUUAAGCUUUUAUAAGGCACCCAACCAAUCUAUGAUGUAAUUAAAUUCGUUCUGUUCUUACUAUGCCUAAUUCUCGUUUUUGUAUUAACCUGUGCUAAGACCGGUAUCUUUUGUGCUUACCUUAUCGUCUAUGUCAAAAAGUACACUUUAAAACAUUAAUUUGUUUUAUCAUCUUUGCACAAAGAAGGUUACUGAAACGAAUUCCAUUAUAUUACAAAUAACAAAUCAGUUAUAACAACAAAAUGUUAACAAAUAAGUGAUGCCUAGGAUUGUGUGUUGGUGUGUGUCUGUCUUUUAUUUCAUUUUUUUAUUUGCAUGGGAGCCGCGGUGGCGGAGUGGUUAAGGUGUCCCAACACUUUAUCGCUAGCCCUCCACCUCUGGGUUGCG